GCCUUAUCUUCCCAGGAAUCACAAAACCAUCGAACUUUCGGCACUCAUUAGAAAACCAACAAUGACCACCACGGCUCUCACCAUGACAUUCUUUGCCUCGGGUCGUUCCCUGGCCUCGUUGACGAGCAAGUCCGUGCUCUCGAAAGGCACUUGCAUGCCUAUUAGAGCCCCGAGUUUGAGUUCAGACAUGACUGCCUUCACGUCGCGAAACUCGUCCUCGCCGUCGACGUGGACGUCGCGUCGCCUUUACAGCAAUGGCAUCAGCAACGACGGGCGCAUGACCCACCCGCAACCAACCACUAGCUCCUCGGGCAACCCUCCUCCGCUGUCUUCGAAAUCGACCCAUACCGCUAAAUCCCCUGCUAUUAAGGCCGGUGAAGCUGCUAAGGAGCAGGCAGCAAAACAGGGAACAGGAGUAGGAGCAGGAGAGAGUGGAGAGAUGACAAUGGACUGGAAUUCGUAUUUCCUGCUCCGCAGGACCCGUCGUAACUAUGAACGCCUCUUUAUGGCGCCGUGUGCUUUGACCGGUUUGCUCGGAGCUGGAUAUUACUUCGCCCAGAAGGAUUUUGAUCCGACACCUAUUUUCGGCAUGGACCAGGUCGUCGUCUAUUUUGCUGGCACGGCCGCGGCGGGUAUCGCUGGAUUGGCAGUUGGUCCUGUCGUUGGCAACAUGGUGUUUAGGGCGAUGCAUUCCAGAGCCAGACCGCUUGUAGAUAGGAUGGAUAAGGAAUUCCACAAGCACAUUGUCAAGAAUCGAGCGGAUCCAACGGCCAACUCGGUGCGCAAUCCUGUACCGGAUUACUACGGCGAGAAGAUCAAGUCUGUGAGCGAGUAUCGAAAAUGGCUCAGGAAGCAGCGCGAGUACCGCCGCAAGGCCACAUUCUUCGUGGGCGUUGAUUAGACGAAUAACCCUUUUCAGAACGUAUGUAUCCAAACCGUCGCAUGGCGAUCGUUGUGCAGAAGUAUGACUCGGAUAGGACAAAAAACAAUACGAAGGACACAUGCAGCGCCGUUUUGCUUGUUGCUUCGACACUCCACACUCAAAAGUUCAAUAAAUUUUCUUCCAGAAUGCAAUUCAUGCUGGUUUAUUG